GCUUUAUAGUUAGCUUCUAUUCAAAUGACUGGACAAAACGGAAAGAGAAAAGCACCAUCGAGCACGACUAAUUUUGUUGACAGGUUAUGCCGUCAACGACAAAUUCCACCUGGAAGUAUUGCUAUAAAGAAUUCUCGCAUGGUCCAUAUGAAACCUGGUUCAAAGAACCCACCACCACCACCACCACCUACUCAGAGAAAACAUCCACCACCGAUUCAGACAACUAAAACACCACCACCGAUUCAGACAAAUCCAACACCACCACCUUGGCAGCCUCCAUCAAAGACCUUGAAAACCCCAACACCGUCUCCUUCCCACCCUACUUCAAAGACUCAGACAAACCCACCACCACCACCAAUUCAGACAACCCCAACACCCUCUCCUUCCCAUCCUACUUCAACGAAUCAGACAAACCCAACACCACCACCAAUUCAGACAAACCCAACACCGCCACCUACUGAUCAGCCUCAACCAUCAAUCCCGACUUCUGAGGAAUUCAGAUUCAUUCCUACCCCGGGAUAUACUCAUCGUGUUUUACAAAGUCCUCCCCGUCACUCCACAGAAGAGGGCAUUCAAGAAGAGGGGGACCAAGAACUUUCUAAUGAGGAACAAGAAGAACAAGUUGAUGGGCAAAGACCGAAGAUCUAUAUUGUGGAAGAUACUGCGUUAAGUCCAGGAGAUCUUGUUGCCGAAAUGUGUAGAAAAGUUAUAGAAAAGCUUUACCGGGGUACUUUUUUAAUUAUAUCGCUUGUAAGCUGGGACCGUUGCGAUGAUGCUAAAAUGGAAUACUUGUUUCAUCAAAGAUGUGCUGCACGACUACGCGAUAUAUUGCAAAAGGCUAAAGAGAAAGCAUGCAAGCCGCCUUGGAUGGGUGUAGAUACAUGGAAGUUUCUUCUUGAGAAGUGGCAGACAAAAGAUUUCAAAGAUGUCUCCAAACAAAAUAAGACUAAUCGAUCAUCAAGUAGAGGUGGGGCAGUCCAUACGUCUGGCCGUAAAGCUCACCAUGAUGUUGCACUUGAAUUGGCUAAAAAACUCAAGCGACCCGCACAUCCGGAUGAGCUCUUCAUUGCCACCCAUAAAAAGAAGAAUGGGGAGUGGGUUGACGAGCGUGCAGCGACAACACAUGAAACAUAUGUGAGUAGUCUUACACAAGCCACACAAACUGGUAUUGAUGUGGAUGGAUCAACAAGAAUACAAAUGUGGAAAGACGUUGUCGGAGGUAAAACACGGGGUCGGUGUUAUGGAGUUGCACAAUUGGCGCACAACAGAAGCAGAUAG